GGUCAACAAGUGCGUAAUGAUUACCUUCACAUUGGAAGCUGAACUGUUCCGCCAUAACCGUCACCUAGGGUUCUGUGAACCGCAUAAAAACAAUAACUGUCGCAUCAAGAGCGUCAAUGAAGCUCAGUUCGGAGGAAGCGUUUAUACUUCCUCAUGUCCCGCGCUGCUCGGAACAUCAGAAGUGGGGGACUUGUGUUGGGUUAAUAGGCCCGAUUGUGGAUCGGACCAUUACCCAUUAGCACAUAAACCAUCAGGGCCCAAUUUGGGCUCGGUCCAUCGAGAUGCCUAACUAGACGCUCGUCUCCACUAAGCGGACGCUUGGCCCCAGCUCCCUUGAUCUCGUUAGCCAGGUGGUGGCCCAGGGGGAUAUGGUGAGGACGAUGAGCAUGGACCGCUCGGAGUCGGCACCCUUGUGCUGGUAUGCACCCAGAGCUCAACAGCGAGUGGAUGAACGUCCAGGCCUCUUGGCGGGAAACCAAGAUAUUGGCGGGUAGCACAUUUAAUGCAGUUGAUUUGGGGGUUGAGAAGCUAGCCACUCACAAUCAUCCACAUCAUCAGUGUCACCUACCUCUUGGUAGUAUAAAUAGUACUCCCUCCGUCCCACUAACAACGGGACAAGAGGGAGUGGCACACAAAUUAAUAAAAAGUGGUUUAUGUGGUUGAUCAUGAAUUGAUAAAGUAAGAAUAAAGUAAGAAUGAUUUAGAGCCACACAAACUUUGCGAAAUUUGGUAUGGGACAAUCUUAGUGGAACGAACCGAUAAGGUAAAACGGGACAAUCAUAGCGGGACGGAGGUAGUAGCAAUGAUUUCAUUGUAAGGGGUUGUUGAAGGUAAGUCCCGUAGAUCCGAAAGCCCAACACGAACUUUGGAUAUAUCAGGAAUGAACCAGAAUCAAAGUGUAUAACAAAUUAUAAAAGAUGAAUCCACUAAUACCCAAAAGCCCACUUGUAUUAAUUAACCUUUCUGAUUACAAGGAAAACUUCCCGAUCGGUAGGUCAGAACAGUGCUUUAAUACAAGAAACAAAAGUAAUAAUGCUAUUCUAGAGCUUGAGUAUCGAAAUGCUAACCCUUACAAUGAUUUUAAACCUUCUAUUUAUACUAAUGGAGAGCAUGGGCUGCUCUAUGCUGAUUGGCCGUUGCUCCACCGACUUGAACAUCCAUGCUUCCACUUGCUGAUGUCACAAUCUGACAUUAAUUGCACCUGGCCACUUGCUGAUUGCCCGUUGCUCGAACGGGAUGCUAGACCUUGCGGAUGACGCUGUCAAUUUGGCCCAAGUAUGAUAUAUGGUCCGAACCCCGUUCGGUAUGGAUUCUUUAUUGGGCCUGCUCAUCAUAGAGCAAUGGAUCCGUUGUUUGGGCCGGGUAUCCUGGGCUUUUUUUAUCCGGGUAUUGGGCCUCUAGAUCAAUAUCCCAACACAAGUCCCCCACAUCCGAUGUCUCGAAUGACAGUGAGUGCAUUAGGAAGUAUGAACACCAAUGUUGCAACUGCCGAAGGGCGAUCGGGGUACAGAAGUGGCCAGUCCCUCAUACUGUGAUUUGACGGCUGUCGUUUUACUUUCCCCAUAUUCAUCAUGAUAACCGUCGUUUAGUCUUUUCAUUAGACACGCGUUUAGCUUAAAUGCUUCUAGUGACGUGUCGCUUCCUGAUUGGUCCUCGAUACGGCGGUUUAAAGGCUAUAAAUUAGCCUUUAACUUUUCAAAUUCGGGUUUCGAUUCUGCAAUUUCCUUCGCAUCGUUGCUCUCUCUGAAAUUUCUUCAAGAUUUCGUUGUUCAGGUACUUUCCCUCCCUCUACUUUCUCGACUCAUUCCUGGCUCGGUCGAGAUGAAUUCCCAACGGUGUUCCGAUUCGGAAAUGGCUUCUCAAGGGGAGGACCGUGAUGUGGAGAUUAUCACCGUCCCUUUUGACGAGGGUUCCAAGGCGGCGACGGUGGAGGUUAGGGCGGAGACGGAUGAUUCCUCCGACAGCUCUUCUUCCUGCAGUGAAGAUUCUGAUGAUACCAAGUUCGAAGAUGAGCUAAUUUCCAUGGCGGCCGGACGUCCCAACGAUUUCCCUCGUCAUACACUUGACCUAAAACUGAUUAGGGAGAGGCGGCAAAAACUGACCUCCCACAAUAGGGCCGAAAUUCCGGCCCUAAUCCCAUACCCAGUGAAUUUCCGACCGCGAGUUGGGCUUCACCCAAUGCGCCAUAGCCCUGGGAUGGUUGUAGUCCAUUUUGAUUCAAUUAGGGCCGGGCUUAGGUUUCCGUUACAUUCUUUUUUCGUUUCAUUUUUUAAUUUCUACGAAAUUGUACCGGCCCAAAUCAUGCCGAACUCCUAUCGGGCAAUGGCGGGCUUUAUUUGCCGUUGUAAAGAUGCCGGUGCCCGGCCGACCUUAGAUCUAUUCCACCAAUUCUUUAAGGUAGCCCCUCAACAAACACACAGCUAUUUGGCCACUAGUGCCCGAACGGGACAUAUCCUGUUCAAGGGCAAUCCGACUUCGAUCAAGGGGUGGAAAGAUCGGUUCUUCUUUGUGUCUGUCUCGGACGGCCUGGUUCCCCGCAAAUGGAAUGCCUUUCCCCGCAAAUCUCCUGAUCCAGUCCUUACUGAGGAAAUUUACAAGGAUGUGCUUGCUGUGGAGAAGGAUAAAUGUGUGGAUAUCAUGAGUUAUCUGACUCCCGAUCGGCUAAUCGAAGCCGGGAUAGGUACUGCCCGUUCUCUUGGGUUUACUUGUUUUGAGAAAUCAAGUGCCAUGGUCCGGGCGGUCCUUCCCGUGCGAGAAACGUUCUCUUCUUUUUUUCUAGUUUCUCACAUGCUAAGGCCGCUCGGUACUAACAUUUUCCUUUGUCAUUUUUCAGCUCCAAAUCCAGACGUACCCAUGGACAACAACAGAGUUCUAGCAGCUAGUGGGGUUGGCAAGCGGAAGAAGGCCAGGAAGAACCCCCAACCUACUCCCUCCACUAUUACUGCUCAGGACGCUGGGUCUUCUCAACCAGUUCCAGAGCCACAGCCACUGCAACAGGUCCAUCAAGACCAAUUUGAUGCCAUGCUGGUCGACGAUCGGUUUGGUUCUGAUCAGAUGCACCAAUUUCUUGAGCACUUCCAAGCUGCUCAGGAGACUGGUCAGGGUGCGGGUGAUAUGCCCUCCGUCCAGCUGUCUGGCCAGGUCAACCGGAUCUCACUGGCGGAUCCGGUUCAUGACGUUGUAGAAAGAGGUGGAUGUUCAGCGAGCCAGAUUUGGUGUACCUCCGCUUUCUUCAACAAUUUCACCGUUCCUAAGCUGUCGGUCGAGCAAUAUGAGGAAUGCUUGGCCUUAGCAGCCCUGAAGGUUGGGAUUUACAGUUUGCAGCUGAAAGAGGCUCGACUGGCUAAGGAGCGGGAGCUGAUCGUCGCUCAGACUUCUGUGGAGCAGAAUGCAGCUGCUGCUUUAGCUGCUCUGGAAGCCGAACGGAAAGCCUCUGCGGAGGAGAAAAAACGCCUCGAGUCGGAGCUUGGUGAACUCCGGGUUCAGCUCGGGGCCUCUUAAUCCAAAGUUCAUGCUGCCGAAGCUGCUUUGGUUAAGUUUGAAGAGUGCGCCCCCCGUAUCCCGGACGGCCCUGCUGAGGUAAAGGUUGAUUUGUCUGCCGUACGGGAAUCAUUCAAAGGGUCUGAGGAGUUCGCUAUUUUGAAGAAAGACUAUGCGCAACAGGAACUCCCUGUCACCUUUGGUGAUUAUCUCGAGCGUUUCUCCACGGGUGAUGCCCGCCGGAGCGAGGGGGUCAAACUGCUCGACCAGGACCCAAGGGGCAAAAAGUUCAAUGAUUCCCUGGCCCGAUCUCUGUACGUCAUGGGCUGCCAGCACAUUAUGGCCCCCUUUGUCGCCAAACUGCAAGAAUUGCUAGGGAGGCCGGUCAAGCUGGCUGAUCUUCCCCAAGCGCCCAUCGUUGAAGCCCAAUACGAAAAGUAUCAACGGGACUUGCAACGGGCUGCUGACCGUGAAGCGGGGAAGGAGCCUGAUCCCCCUACUGACUCAGAUGAGGAGGAAGGUGAUGAAGAAGAUAAUGGAGUGGAACAGUAGAUUUGAUAUUUUUAGCAAUUGUAAUCCCUUCCCCCCUUCUCCUUUUUUGCAAACCUUACGUGUAUUUUCCGGUCGAUAGAGACGAUGAAUAUAUAUAUUAUCUCUU